AUGCCACUGGGCUUGGAGAAAGCUCUUAUGCGAGUACUGCCUUAUCAGUUCCAGAAAGGGGGGGAGGGGGGGGGGGGGGGGGGGGGGGUGGGGGGGGGGGGGGGGGGGGGGGGGGAGGGGGGGGGGGGGGUAGCGGGGGGGGGGGGGGGGGGGGGGGGGGGGGGGUUGGGUUGGUUGGGGUGGGUGGUGAAGGCUGAACAAUGUUGUGCAAUUCACUGUUACUCCAAUCCGAGCUGCAUUGAAUAUUUCAGUCCGUUAUGUCAAACACAAACUAUCAACCACGCUGGUACGCAAGAGGUUUGUUUACAAGGUAAAACACUGAAACUGACUCUGAAUCCAGAGUUUGAUUUUACUAAUAGCAGCUACAUGUGCCACCUUCAAUACAAGCAACCGAAGUUAUUGUACACGGUGAAAACCUGGCUGUCAAUUAACGGAACAUGGCGUAUUGGACCCACGGUGUAUAAUGUACGGCUCUCUACUCCGGACUAUCAUGAUCGACAAAGAGGGAAAGAAACCACAGAAGAACAACUGCAUCGGCGAAAGAGGGCAGUGCUGUUACAACAUAUGCACGGAAUUCUACGGCUCUGGAGUCGAAGUAUUCGAAUUGAACACAAGCUGAGUCAUAGAUUUCGCACUGACGCUAUAUUAAACAGGGAGCCGGUUCCGGGACAAAUGUUAUUGUACAGUCUCAAGUCAUUUGAUGACUUUGGUACCAAAGCCGUUGAGGUUCACCGCCAUCGAGAUGAGAAAUACGUAACGGUUCAGUUUACAAAACCCUUUCUAUACAGCACCGAUAACUGGGGAAACCAGUCUUGCCAUGUAAAUAUUAGUGAUCUUCAUCACAGCCAACCGAUUUAUAAUGAGAAGAAUAGAAUGAUCGUGCGCCUAGCUUCUCCCAUCAGCAGGAAUGAAGACGAGUCGUUCAGUUAUGUGCUAGAUGACGCCAAGGAGAACACGCACAUCAAUGUGUCCUGGGAUCCAGGAACGGACGCAUCCUUCCUCCGAUCAGCACUGUGUGACCAAGAGAUGCCACUAAGUUUUAAGUCAAGUGAAAUAUUCAGCUUACACAAACCUGGAAGUAUUGUUGACCAGUCCGAAUUGUACACCACAGUUAACAAAGUGAAAACGCAGACAGCCGCGAGGACUGAGCGGUGUGAUUAUCGUGAAGCCUGGAGUAUUACACUGAAUGGUUGGGUCACGAAGAAACCUGCAUAUUUGCACAUCACCGUGUUCGCUACACGAUCCAUUCAUAGCAGCGCCUCAUUUCCCGCUUGGUGGACGACGAAGAAAAGGCUUUUACUGGAAGAGGAUAUUAUCCUUUUACCAGCCAUAGAUGAGGUUGAACAACUCCAAAGGAGUAAUAAAUUUUCCACGGGACGCACAUCUUUCACCCUUCGCUUUGUUGCACAACUGAGACUGUCGACCAUAUUAACCGAUCAGCUUCAACAUAUUCACAUAGUUUUACGCGACUGCCAGAGAACAAGAAGAGCACGCGUUACCCUGCAAAUAGACAGAAAACUUCAAUGUAAUACCACAAUUGGAAACUUGUCAACGGUGGCCGAAUUGAAACCAGUACACCUGUUUUUCACUCUGAGGAUGAUAAAGACCGACAAGUUUCAUGCACCCUUCAUUUUGAGUUGUAUACUCACCGUGUCAGCACAUAUCGUGUUACUUAUCGUGUACUCCUUUGGCCGAAUAUGUGCCAGGACGAACCGGGUUAGAAAUGAUGAAAGUAGUAUGCGCUCAACUGGGGAAACUCAUUUGGGCAACAUUUACUACUCAACGAACCUGUUGAGUAGUGCGUCCGGUUUCUCUUCCCAUCGGCCUGUGCACAUGACCGGAACGCGCAAGGCGCUGCUUAUGAUCUACUUGUGCUUUCGUGUGUUCUACACCUUUCUUUUCACAACCAGCGUUGGAUUGGCUCUCUUGCUCAGCACUGAAUCCAACGCAGCUCGAGAGUUUACUGCCGUUAUUCACAAUAAAUUAUCACAAGCCAGAACGUCUGAAUCUCAUCAGAAACCUGCAGAACAAACCUUAAAUUCGAAAUAUCACGCCAUCACUUCAUACCAAAUGGAACGUCAACAACUUGGUACCAAUCACUGGGUGGCUGAGGUAAUGAAAAUGGAGCAGUUUGCUCACUCUGAACUGACAAAACAGCUGAAGAUGAUUGAUGCUCAACUUUCUGAAUGCAACGAGCAUAAGAGGUCCAGCCACUUAAAGAUUAUCAGGCUAAUACAACGAUCCAAAAAGCUAGGCAAAGAAUGGAUGAAUCCGGCCAGAGAGACAGUCAAUUUGAUGCACGCCAUAAAUUUAUCAGAAAGUGAUACUGAUGAACAAAGCCCAAGAGGUCUGAAAUCGCACAAUCUAACAUGGACAAGUGACCCGCUGGAGUUGAAAUUUCCAUCGCUACAAGGAUCAACCUGGAAGUUUUUGGAGCAAUUUCAAUGGUCACCAUAUUUGGAUACGGUUGAUGAACAUCUCCGCAAGAUUCGUGAUGAUUUGGAUACACAUGUCAUUGACUGCUGGGCUCCCUUUGAUCGGCUGUUAAAUCGUCUGUUAGAAAACUCUUGGAUUACCCCAGCUCGGCGGGCAAUGAACGCCACAUGGCUUCACGUGAAUAACCUCGCCACCAUUUCCGCAGCCGGUGACCCACGGUUAUCCGGUGCGCUGGAUAACACUGUCUAUGCCAAUCGUGAGGAACAAUCCUCUAGGAGUCCCCCUGAACAAAGACAGCGAAUAGAGGCAAAGUCGCUCAAAUUAGCCAGAUUCCUGGGAGUGCCGCAGCCCGAACAGGCCCGUCUGACCGGUGCACGGAUAUGGAACAACUUCAGAAGACUUGUGCUUCCUCUUCCGAAUCGCUUUCACUAUGACGUUAGUCAACUCUACCUUGGAGGAAGUCGAUUAUCUGAGCUAACACCGGUCGCUACACCUUUUUAUGAUCAUCGAUACUUCUUUUCUACGGAUGACCGACAACACAUAUAUGGUGGUAAUCUGGAAGAAUUUCGAUUCGAAGCACCAAGAAGCAGACGGACGAGACCCUACCGCUACGCUACUCAAAUUGGGAUGCGCCUAAGACCCAGCUCCACGAGUUCAGCUAUAUACCUGCUCAGCCUUACACAAGUUCGCUUGCUGUUGCUCGCACUGGACGCCUUCAUCAUCCUGACAAGAUGCAUUCGUACUUACCGAUUAACGCAACGUGUAUGGUAUGGUAAAGUGAAAAAAUUGUAUCUCGAUCAAAUUCAGUCUUCACCACUUACAUCUCUACCGAAGAAGCUUAAUGAUUUCAGUUUACUGAUGGGUGAUUUACCUGGAUUCACGGAUGACACUACUGGUGAACAAUUAUCCGGCCCAUAUUUCAACCAUGCAAACAUUCCAAAGAUUGAAUCACAUCCUACAUUGCAUAUGUUAUCACCGACCAAUCUGGCUCCACAUUCUUCCGUGACAUCCAUGAGGCAAUGCUCAAGGUAUCAUCAAUUACAACCAUGUUUGAUGGACCAAGCUGAAAGAUUUGAUUCACCUAGACUUUGCGUUCGAUCAGCCGAUAUCGCUUCAGAAGCUAACGCAGGACCUGGUCGUCUUACCGCAUGCUACUGCUGCUUAGACGAUCAUUACAUACUCAUCGUCCUUGGUCUCGGCCUCUUGUUGGUCGGCCUAUUCAUCGUAUGGGCGGCUGAUCGUCACAUUCGACCAGGUUCAAUAUUGGUCAGAACAGGUGUGCAUCCACGAACUCAGGCAUUGGAGGAGUGUCACCACAGGACAAGCGCGAUAUUACAAGCGUUGCAUCCGGUCUAUUGGAACAGAAGAAGCCUGAAAGACCAUCAUCGAAUAGUGGACAAAGAGAAUAAACGAGUGGAGCAAACGCUGAAUCGGCUACACCACGAACAAGUACAGCUAUACGAACUCUAUCUGGCCGAGUUGUGUACUCUACACAGUGGUCCAAAACAUCAGUCGAAUGUCCCUGGCGUCACCGGUAAAGCUCAAUUUGAUCGAAUCCGUGAACCCAUCUCAAGCGACUCUUCCGCCGAACUCAUGAGAGUGUCCGCUGGAUCACCAUGCAUCCUGUUUGAUCAAUCCAUGAGAUUUACUGCACAGUUUAGACGUGCAUUACUGCGACAGAUGAAUUACAUGGACAGCGACUCAGCCAUUUCUUGGCUACCUGUGUGCUUGUUCUCUCCCCUAACAGUCUCAGCACAAACCCAAGAUCAAUCAAAACGCUUCCUCUCAAACACUGGCUUGGGCGGCAUAUCCCUUGGCCAGGACACAGUAUACGCGCGAAACGAAACGGCACCAGCGAAAAGCACGCACGCUGAUUUGGCAGCGUCCAUCGGAAGUUUGGCAACUAUGGUAUACGCAUGCCACAGACUAAUUUUGACCGGAUUAACCAUAGCGCUGACUGCGAGUGGACUAAUAAGCCUUCUUCACCUGAUCAAAUUGAUGAUCCGACACACUGCUUCACUUCGGAUCAAAAAGAUCGUACUCAUCAUUCCUUAUCCCGUUCACACCCGGCCUUCACCAGAAGAUGCCGUGCAACUCUCGCCAUUUGAUCGCAGUAUGGGAAGAAGAGUGACCCAACAAGUUCGCUGAAUUGUCACCUGCAGUGAUACUGCAAUAUCAGCAAACCCGUGUGUGGAGAUGAGUUCCUCGCGAGAUUCCCCCACCCACCGAUGACUCAUUCGAAAGCAAUUUCCAUUUUGUACCUCAUUUUUCUACCCCCAACUCUUUCUUCUUUUGUUAAUUUGCCACUCGCCACUAGAGUGGAUUUUGGAUAAAAAUAUAGGUGUAUAGAAGCUUAUUUCAUC